AUGAUGUGGAUCUCAAUCUCUCCCGCCAGCCAAUUUCGCCAGAACCUCACGGUUCUAUCAUUAUUGUUCCUUUUCGUCAAUCUCACAGUUCAGCAAAGGGAUCCCAUAUCAAAUUUCUGCCGAAGAUGGGGACAUCAAAGUGCUGUGGUAGAUGAAAAGCUUUACAUCGGCGGAGGAUUGGUCACCUAUGAUGGUAGUUCAGGAACACCACCGAACGUCUCGAAUCCUUACUUUCUCUACCAUGAUUUGAGAACUGCCGCCGGUACAGGCAUGCCUCAGCCAUACGCGAAUUUGAGUAAGAACUCGACAGUACCAGACGUUAGUGGUGGGAUAUUCUGGCCCGACACUAUCAACAAGAAGAUCUAUCUCUUUGGCGGCGAAUAUAACGAUGUGACGCCUUGGGACUUUGAUCUAUAUGCAUACGACAUUAUCAACGACGAAUGGGACAACCUCGGAGUUUCUAGGACCGACAAUAUCGUCGGACUCAGUUAUGGAGCUGGCGUUUCCAUUCCGGACCGUGGAGAGGCUUACUAUUACGGCGGAUGGAUGAACAACGCGACAGUCCCUGAUUGGGGUGAUGCUCCCCAGGUACCCACGUCGAACCUGGUGCGAUACGAGAUGGACACGAACAGCUGGUCCAACGACACUGGCCCGGAUGAUAUAGGUCGUGCAGAAGGUGUCAUGGUCCACAUCCCUGCCGGAGACGGUGGAAUGCUUGUCUACCUUGGAGGAAUCCGUGCUACUGAUGACGGCGGUUGGGAGGGCCAGCCGAUGGGACAGAUUAUCCUGUAUGAUGUCCUGAGCGGCAAGAGUUAUUUCCAAAAUGCAACGGGCGAUAUUCCAGAAUCACGUCGACGAUUUUGCGCUGGUGCUACGUGGGUGGAUGAUCAAUCUUCCUACAAUAUUUACCUGUAUGGAGGUGCUGGUCAAGAAGAAGGUAGCGCUGGAUUCGACGACAUUUAUAUCCUAACACUGCCCACGUUCACAUGGAUUAAAAUGUACCCCAAUGAGAAUGGGACCGGAAGCUACCCCCAUCACAGCAUGUCCUGCAACGUGGUAAACGAGGCCCAGAUGUUUGUUCAUGGUGGCUUUUUCCCUCUCAACAAUGACUGCGACGUUCCGGAUCAAUGGGGCCUACAUGACGUCUCCCUUGGCAGACAGAACAAGAACAAGUCACCCUGGAUGCUCUAUGACCCCGAGUUGACUCAAUACGCUGUCCCAACGGACAUUAUCUCGGUUGUGGGCGGAAACUCCAAGGGCGGUGCAACCAAAACAGCGCCGGCAGGUGGCUUCGACCACCAAGAUCUCAAUGCUCUUAUGACACGAACAGCUUCAGCGGGGACACGAACAGCAACACGAAACGUAUCCGGCGCGACUGCGACGGGGGAUUCCGAAUCGGAGAACAAGCUGCCGACUGGGGCUAUAGCAGGCAUAGCGGUCGGCGGAGCAGUUGUUCUUAUAGGUAUAAUUUUGGCGUCGUUCUGUCUCAUUCGAAAACGGCGAGCUCGACGCGAACGAAUUGGAUCUCAACAGCCAAUGGCGCAGGAUUACAAUUAUCACCACCCUACGCACCCGUCCAUCGUCUCAAACCAGUGCUCGUCUGGUCCUUGGAGCCCGCAAUCAUCGAGCUUCAAUCCUGCGAGUCCUUUCGCUAGCCCUCAAGCGGCUCGAUCAUAUACGGGGCCACCAGUGGAACUUCCAUCUGGAGAUAUGGAGGAUACUACACGUGGCUCGCCGCUUACUCAAACAGUCACAACAACACUUGAGCCAAAAUACGAUGCUCAUGGGAAUCUCUGGGUUCCUCAAGUAAGCACGGUACAAAUACCAGAUCAGCUUCACUCUCCAGGAAGCCCUCCUUAUUACGACGGGACUGUGGGCUCCAACUCGUCGAAGAAUGGAACAGGAUACUUCACGUCCGAUGGUCCUCAAGAACUUGCGGCCGAAAGACACACUUCCUCUGUUUCAGGACAACCCACCCACCAGACAUAUUAUCACCCAUAA